GGGUAUAUAGCUUUAUUAAGCACCAUCUAUUUCACCAGUGAACUGGCUUCCUUUUUUCCUUCUAUGAUUUCUGUUAUAUCUGCAUCCAAACUAUUUGUCAUCAUUUUCCUAUUGUAGUUUAGUGCUUCCAAAAUCCAUUUUUCUUUACAAAAUCCUCUUCUUUUUGAGUCCUUUUCCCUUACCAAAACACUUCCUUUCCACUCCAAUACAAAAUUUAGUCUCAAUGGCUAUGGUCAAACUAGAAGCCACCAAAAGUACUAGUACCAAUCUUCUUGAUCCCUCAUUUUCUUCUUACUUGAUCAAUGGUACUGAAGAAACCAUUGUACUUAAUCUUGAAUCAAGUAGAGAUUUGAGUAAGAAGGUAGAUGAUGGAGAGAUAGACAUCUUUAGUGCAGAAAAAUACUUCAAUGAAGGAGUUGAAGAAAAUAAUGUGACACAAAACAAACACAAGAUUCAUGAUGAUCAACCUGUUGCUGAUAUAGUUUCUUUGCAGCAAAAGAUUAGACCUUUAACUCCAAGUAUUCAUUCAGAAUCAAGUUGGAAUAGCAGAAGUGCAUUGUUGCAGAAAGUUUCAAUAAAUCAUCAAUAUCAGCAUCAACAUCAUCAACUGCAGCGGCCAACAAAGACUAAUAACAAGUCUUAUGGCAAGAAAUUCCUUGCUAGAUUUGGCUGCAAUUGUUACUGCAAAGACAAGAACUCUGUUGAGAUUGAUGAUCAACUCCGCGAAAAAAGUUGCAAAUCAAAAUCAAAGCAAAACACCAUCAAGACUAGUACAAUAGGAGCUAAUCAUCAAAAUUUGCACUUCAAGAAAAUUGAUGAAUUAGGAGUACUUGGAUUGAAAUCAGAUGAGCGUUUCGCGGUUCCUGUUUUUGAUCCUAAAGGUGGAAAUCCAAAUCCAGGAGUGAAGAUACAAUUGCAUAAGGAAGAAGAAGAAGAAUCAAGAAAGUCACUAGAAGUGUUUGGCUUUCCAAUAACAGAGAAAGAAAGAAGCAAAAUGAGUCUUGAGAAGAACAUAGGCAUGUUAACAUGGGAUGCAAUUGUUCCGAAAGCUGAAGAAAUCGACAUCAUCAACAUAGGUGCAAGUUCAAAUGGAACAUAUGAAGAAGAUUACGCAGAAAGCGAUGCAAGUUCAGACUUAUUUGAAAUCGAAAGCUUCCCAAGUAACAACACAGCUAAUCCAAGUUUAGUUAGACAGGGCUCAGAUAGUAUGUCCUGUUAUGCUCCAAGUGAAGUUAGCAUUGAUUGGAGUGUUGUAACUGCUAGUGCAGCUGAUUUCUCUAUAAUGUCUGAUAUAGAAGAAGUCAAAAUACCCUCAAUUAGAACAACCAGCAACUCCAAUAGAUCAGUUUCCCAAAAUGGAAGAGACAAAGCUAAACGUCGUUCGGGCAUUCUGUUGGGAUGUAAUAGUCAUAAAGCUGUAGGAGUUGUGGGAGAUGCAUAUAAAGUUAGUGAAAAAUCAUCAAUUGAGAUGCAUCAGAGGAAUUUCAAGACUUAUGAGCCUAUUAUACCAAUGACAAGGUUUCAUGCUGAGAGCAAAGUGAAUCGAUUCGAUGGAGGAAAUAGGAAACAUGAAUUUACUACAAGAUCAUUUGCUACUACAUAUUCUGGACGUCCUGCAGAUUUCUUGUAUAUUUAGAUGUCGAAAAUUCUGUGUUUUUUUUUAGAAUUUUUAUGUAAAACUAUAGUAGUUGAAGAAUAAAGUAGACUAUU